AUGUCGACAGAAAGCACAAAUCAGAACACUCCUAUUGAGGUUUGAACUAAAAAAAAGCGGUUCCAAUUAUCAUUCUUUUUAUUUUAGACAUCCUCUACUUUUCCGGGCAGUCAAGAGCAGCCACCUAUCGCACAGUCGACAAAAAUUCCGAUUUCCGUAGGAUCUCAACGAGACGAUUGGCGUGACACAGCAUGUGCGCUGAUUUACGAUGCGUUGACAGAAAAGAACAAGGUCCCGUCCAGUGCACUCACUCCUUCCAGAAUUAUCUUUUUGCAGAAAGUCUUUGAUAUUUUCAUAGAACAGUUUUUGAGCGUCAAGAAACGUCUGGAAGAAGAUGAAUUCAAAACAAAAUCUUCUUUCGAGCUCGCUAUGAAAGAGGUAUGAAGUACAUUGAACUUUCGUGUAUUUCUAAUUAAACUUACAGAUUGCCGAAUUGGCAAAAAACGUACACUUUCGUGGAUCUAAAACGUACCAAAAGGCACAAUACUUGCAAAUUUACUUUCGCCUUCAUUGGGACUCGGUAGUCAAUUGGACUUGCAGUGAGAUGUAUAUCGCUGGCGUUCGUCGAGAACUUGUACUUUCUUGUUUUGUCUGCACGUGUAACAUUUUGGUUUCAGGAUAGACUGCACAGAAAAUUGAGGCCGAAUGAGAGUAUACAAUUCUUCCUUGAACCGAAACCCGUCUUGCACAAUCAGUAAUUGUCUCGUCAAACCUCUUCAUUACCCUCUCCGGACGGCGCGAACAUCGAGAAGAGAAUCGACGCAAUCUUCUGUCGAAAAAAUUCAUCAAUGCAAAGAGUCUGAACACAGAAUUGUCGUCCCCAUAAACUAUAAAGCACUUUUUCAUUUUGUGUUCCGAGUGAUCUUUUUUUGGAGCGAGAAUGUUAUCCGCAUUUCUCUUCAGUCAAAAAGUACACUCUGGGAGUUUUUAGUCAGAAGAUUUUAUAAGGUAUUCGUUCCAAAAAAUGUUCGUCCUUCUUGAUAUUCUCUCCUUUUUCGCUUUUUACGUAGGUUAAGACAUGUUAUUGUUUUAGAAAAACGACGCAAUAAAACUGUUUGAUUCGAUUUUGUUUCUAGCUGUUCAGCCCCCAUUUUCCAUCCCACUCUUUAUGAUUUUGCGAUUGUUCAAACAUCGCUUCUUCCCCAUCCCCUCUCCAUCUUCCCAAUCUUCUUACAGUUCCGACAUUCUCUCUCUCUCUCUCUUUUUUUCUCAAUUUUUUGCGAGCGCACAUGAAAGUCUCUUCAAAUUCACAGAAUCAAGCGAAUCUGACUGGAAGCACUUCAGAUGUCCCUCCGGAUUACCAUUUUGCAGAACUGAAAGACCACGUCGGAACCGCUGAAUUGUGACGCAUUCCAUUGCAGAGACUAAUCUCUUGGGUAAUGCCAAUGUUCAAUGUGCCAAAUUGGAGGCGCAGUGAAGCGAAGGUAUCAAAACAGCUAUCCCGCGGAGGUUUGUUUUAAUGAAUUCUUUUGUCAGCACGUGAGCAAAUGCGGUUCGAGGCGAGAUGAAGAACUUGAAGACGGCGAAAUUGUGGAGGGCGCCUGUGACGAAAAAGUUGAGAGAGGCGAAGAAAAAGCGCAGCGCGCCUUCAGAAACAGCGAGCAACGUGUGAAAAACAUACACCACUCCCAUUCACUGAAAAUGCUUGUCCAUCAACAACAGGUAAAAUGUUAAGCUUUUGAGUUAACUUUUUCCUGUGAUUCUAACUUUUACACAUGCAAUCCAGCCUUUUCAGUGUAGACCGGAACACAUGCCGAGUAAGCCGUCGAAAAGAUAUUUUGAAGAGACGAAGAAUCACUCUGGAAAAGAGCGCAGUGACAGCAAGAGAUCCCGAGAAACGCAAUCGAAAAAGGUGAGAAACAGAAAGCCGGUCCAGGCUUUUCGGAAGCCUGCAGAAUUUAGAUCCACUUGCAAUAAUUUGAUCAGACGCAGACGUUGCAGACUUCUUGGACUCGAAUUGAAAGAAAUUUAGAUCCCAGUUUCGAACUGACCGGAUCAUUUACACAGGGGAUAUGCAGAUGUGAGGCCAAAAAUGCCGUAUCCGAUUGGUCUGAAACUUGGAACCAAAAUAGUUCAAUCCAACUGAAAAGUUUGGGUCCGAUCAGAUAAUUAAAAGAAAGUCUAAAGUCCAGGCCUCAGCAAGCCUUUUGCGCAGCCCCGGUGAGAAGCAAAAUCAUGAAACUAGUAAUUACGUCUUCAAAAAGUCUCAACCCGGGUCUAGCCAAUUUUGAAAUUUCGGGCAAUUAGUACGUGUGCAUAAAAUGAAUGAUACGACAUCUCUUAUUUUCAGAAUGUCGAUUCAGCAAUCAAGUCAAGAAAUGAAACAAAAACAUCCAGAGAUACUCUGCCAAAUCAUUCCAUUAAGGAGCACCCAAACAAUCACAUCAACACCAAUAUCUAUGAAAAUGCAAUUGACGAAGCGCUACCAAACAUGACGUAUGAUUGUGUUUUAUAUAAUUACAUUGAAAAUUCGAACAGACAUGCUGUAAACCAUCCAGUAGCCGUUGACGAGCUGUAUGACCCGGAAUACGAGAAGUACUUCAAUAUCCUAUUGAGAAUUAUGGAACCGGCAUCUUCUAGAAACGUGAGUGUUAUAGAAAAAACAAAAAACCUUUGACUACAUUUAGAAUGGCUCAUUAUACGGAACCCUGCUAGAUAAGGCGAGAAGAGAAAAGAAGCAAAAGUGGUUGGAUAGCGCGAUCAGAUUAAUACGCGUCAUGCUACAUGACGUAACCUAAUGAAGCAUUACGUUAUUCUCAAAAUCGAUAAUUUGUUUCAGGAUAAUUUGGACCUAUUCUCCGGACAGUUCCGAAAAAUCAAAAUGCGCCUUUAUGAAGAAAGGUAUGAGACGAAAGCAUCGUUCGAACAUGAUAUCAACGAGGUGAAAAACAUUUGUUUUCCUUUUGUCCAAUUCUCAAUUUAGAUAGUUGAAAUGACUAAACAGACUAGUCAAAUCGAAACGACACUAUUCAUCAAAGCGGAAUACUUAGAAAUGUUCUUUCGAUUAUAUUGGGACAGCAGACAGAACUGGGCCUACGGGAAAACAGAACUCAAAGUAGUUCGCGCCAGUUUGGUCAGUGACAAAUCUGAGAUAUUUUUAUUCAAAACCAAUUUUAGAAGACGAUUCGAAAUGCCAUUGGUGCAAAAGAAAAUGUGUAG